AUGAGGUCGUGGUUCAGCGACAACAACAAGCCAUCGCUGGUCGAGCGGUUGUGUAUCAAUGUGUUGAGAUGCGGACCCAUUCCCAGACACGUGGCCUUCAUUAUGGACGGCAACCGGCGCUACGCCCGCAAGACAUCUGUCGAGACCAUCGAUGGCCACAAAGAGGGCUUCGACCGCAUGGCGCAGACACUGGAGUGGUGUCUGGAGCUGGGAGUGGAUGAGGUGACAGUCUAUGCGUUCGCGAUCGACAACUUCAAGAGACCGGCCGAAGAGGUGAACAAACUGAUGGACUUCGCGAGAGAUAUGUUUCAGAAGUUGUUGGACGAGAGACACAAACUGAUGGACACCGGGAAGUGUGUCCGAGUGAUCGGCGAUCUGUCGCUAUUGGCUCCAGACAUACAGCAAUUGGUGGCGGAGAUCGUGCUGUUGACCAAAGAUAAUCGACACAAAGUGCUCAACAUCUGCUUCCCGUACGCUUCCAGACACGAGAUGACGGAAGCGCUCCAAGAGUUGCAGACAUGUGUCCGAAAUGGUGUCAUCCGGGAGUCGGAUAUCAACGAGUCGUUGAUAUCGAAGUUCUUGUACACCAGUCAGUCGUCAGAUCCCGAUCUACUGGUGCGCACCAGUGGUGAGACCCGUUUGAGUGACUUCUUGUUAUGGCAGACGAGCUUUUCGGUGAUAGCGUUCGCGGAUGUCUUGUGGCCAGAGUUCACG